AUGAGCGAAUAUCGAUGGAAUGGGAGCCACCUCCUGCUGGUAUUUCUACUCUUUGGAUACACUAGAGCAGAGAUGGAGCUGCGUGGCCUAUUGCCCGAACUUUGCAUCUUUGCGGAGAACAAGUGCCCAAAUCCUCGCGUUACCUUUUGGCUCUACACAAACUACACUCGUGAUCGACCCGUGGAAGUAGAUCCUCUCGAUCCGCAGGUGGAACUCUUUAGGCCCAGCCUACCUCUAAAAAUACUCAUACACGGAUUCAUCGGCAGUCGGAAUCUGACUCCCAAUCUAGAGGUGCGUGAUGUCCUGCUCCGAACCCAGCCCGUAAAUGUGAUUUCGGUGGAGUAUGGGAGUCUGGUUCGUAUGCCCUGCUACUUUCCCUGGGCUGUUACCAAUGCUCCCAUUGUGUCCGAGUGCCUGGCUCAGUUAAUUGGCAAUCUCUUGACGGCUGGCAUCUGCAAGCGGGAGGACAUACACUUGAUUGGUUUCAGUCUGGGGGCUCAGGUGGCAGGAUUGGUUGCCAACUAUGUAGAUGAGCCCCUGGCUAGGAUCACUGGCCUGGACCCCGCUGGACCUGGCUUCAUGAUGCAGUCCUCACUGCGGCAGAAGCUGGAUCGCAGCGACGCUGACUUUGUGGACAUCAUUCACACCGAUCCCUUCUUCUUCUCCAUGCUGCCUCCGAUGGGGCAUGCUGACUUCUACCCCAACCUGGAUCAGCUGAACCAGCGGGGCUGCAGCUACGUGAGCUUCUGGCGCUUCUACAACUGCAAUCACUAUCGUGCGGCCGUCUACUACGCGGAGUCCCUCACCACCAGCAGGGGGUUUUGGGCCCAGCAGUGCGGCGGGUGGUUCGACUUCUUCUCCCAGCGCUGCAACCAGUACUCGGGCAUGCCCAACAGCCAGAUGGGAUACUUUGUCUCGGAGAAAUCUAUCGGAUCGUAUUUCCUCACAACCCAUGAGGUUUCCCCCUUUGCUAAGGGUCCGCUGGUGGAUGUGGAAAUGGAUGUGGCAGAGCUUCACAGUUCACUUUCACAGCUUGCAAUAAAAAAGCGUUAA